CCGUAAAGCAACGCCGAGCCGCGCUGCCUCCCGCGGCGCCCUUGGGAAGACCGUGGGUCAUGGCUGGCGGGGCGCGGGGCUGCGGGGCCAGCCUGGACCUGCUCCGGUCCCUGCCGCGAGUGAGCCUGGCCAACCUGAAGCCCAACCCCAACUCCAGAAAACGGGAAAGACGUCCAAGAGAUCGGAGGAGAGGGAGGAAAUGUGGCAGAGGCCACAAAGGAGAAAGGCAGAGAGGAACUCGGCCCCGGCUGGGCUUUGAGGGAGGGCAGACUCCGUUUUACAUCCGGAUCCCAAAAUAUGGAUUUAAUGAAGGACAUAGUUUCAGGCAUCAGUAUCAGCCUUUGAGUCUCAGGAGACUGCAGUAUCUCAUUGAUUUAGGGCGAGUUGAUCCAACUCAGCCUAUCGACUUAACCCAGCUUGUCAAUGGCAGAGGUGUGACCAUCCAGCCACUUAAGAGGGAUUAUGGGGUCCAGCUGGUUGAAGAGGGUGCUGAUACUUUUCAAGCAAAAGUGAAUAUUGAGGUGCAGUUAGCUUCAGAAUUAGCCAUUGCUGCAAUUGAAAAAAACGGCGGUGUUGUUACUACAGCCUUCUAUGACCCAAGAAGUCUGGAAAUUCUGUGCAAGCCCGUUCCAUUCUUCCUGCGGGGACAGCCCAUUCCAAAGCGAAUGCUCCCUCCUGAAGCUCUGGUGCCCUAUUACACUGAUGCCAAAAACCGGGGCUACCUGGCCGACCCUGCCAAGUUUCCUGAAGCAAGACUUGAACUCGCUAUGAAGUAUGGCUACGUUCUUCCUGAUAUCACGAAAGAUGAACUCUUCAGGAUGCUCAGCGCUCGGAAGGACCCGAGGCAGAUCUUCUUUGGUCUUGCCCCUGGUUGGGUGGUGAACAUGGCAGAUAAGAAAGUUCUGAAGCCUACAGAUGAGAAUCUCCUCAAGUAUUACAGUUCCUGAGCUCUCUUCCAGCAGAGCAGAUGUGAUGAGAACCAGACAGGCUGAAAAGAGGCUUCUUGUGGGUCUCAAAUCCUCGGGGUUGUUAAUAGCUGUCAGUGUGGUCACAUCUGAAACUAAAUCACAGGCAGCAAAAGCUGCACAGAACUAAACCUUUAUGGGUGUAUGUCUCAAAAAUUCAAAAGGUCCUUAGAAAAAGGUCAUUAAAAAAAUUACUUAAAAUCA